UUCAACAUGGAGCGUGCAAAUGUGGAAGAAUUUUAUGAGAUUUACAAAGGUGUUGUCGCAGAAUACGUGGACAUGGUUACAGAGUUGUGUUCAGGCCCCUGUAUAGCAAUGGAGAUUAUACAACCCGAGCCUCCAAAAGUCUUCAGAGACUUCUGUGGUCCUUCUGACCCUGAAAUAGCCCGUUAUCUCCGACCUGGAACCCUGCGUGCUGUCUUUGGGAGGAACAAGAUUCAGAAUGCUGUCCACUGCACAGACCUACCUGAGGAUGGACUUUUGGAG